GAAGUUAGAAUGUCUGGAUAUGAUUUGAGUAGAUGAGUAUUAUAUGUACACAGAAUACUGAUAUCCAUGGCAGACAUAGGUGUUCUUAUCGAUGAUGACUACGUUGGAAUCAAUGAUGAAGAUUGCCAGACUAUUCCAAGUCAGUGCUAUACAACAAUAUCCAAAGGAAAAGUUCAACAGACAGAUUCUAAAUGUGCAUACUGUUGUUGGAAAAUCACUGAGAUCCUAAAAGCGUUUGUCCUUCCUUUGAUCUACACAUUAGUAGUAGCAGGUUGUGGGGUUUACUGUUGGCAGAUCUUAUCUAAUUACAGCCACUCUCUUCGACAUCCCAUAGAAACUUUGUCAUAUGUUUAUACAGAAAAAUAUGAGCCCCCGGGAAUUGCAGUGUUUAUGUUUGACAAUGCUACCUUUGUUAAAUGUGAGAAGAGCUUCUAUUACGAUACUGAAAAAUUGAAAAAAGGACAGAAGCAAGAUAGAUGGAAAAGGGAUCGGAAAGGCAGAGGACAGACAAGUUUGUCUUCUUUAAUGAGAUUUAACAAGGAUAUAGAAACUCAGCCUUGCUUGUUCUCAACAAUAUCGGACUACGAGAGUAUCAUGGCUCGUCAGAACACGAGUAUGAUGGUAUUUCAGGGUCCUGGUAAUGUUAUGAGACGAGAGCACAUGAAAAUACAUUUCAAGGUAGAUCAGCAAAAAAUAGACCCUGAUAUAGGUUUUCUGGAGUAUUUUCCUUUUGCUAACUUCUCCGAGUGGACUAACGAUUUUAACUCUUCCCAAACUUACUUACAGGAUCGAGAGCGAUUACAAGACAUUUGGCCGCUAGCUAUGGGGUUCACAACCUACUCUCGCCUUUCAAUACGAGUGUUCAAAAGUAUGGAUAUUGAUCAUCUUUCAGGUAACAAUACAUCAGCCUCCACAAACAGACUAAAUGACCACAGAACUAUCUUCAACCCAGUUAAUGACAUAGUCAAGUUCCUGCCCCCCGAUACUGCUAAUUACACGCCACAUUAUGAGAAUAUGUUCGCUAUAUUCGAGUGGAGGGACAGUGAAUAUGAAGUUAUUGAAGAUGUUGUUACAAUGAAUCUAGUAACUACAAUCGGUUUAAUGGUUACUGCAGUCCUAACUUUACUCAGAAUGAUGGAUCUUACCAAGGUUAUAUUGCGAAGACAACGUAUCCGAUACAACCAGAACAGACUCAGUUUUUACAGCAUUUGCACGUGCUGCAAGAAAAAUUGAAACUCAGCACAGUCUAACCUGUUCGUUAGUCAGCUUAUCAGAACAAGUUUAAGACUAUUUCAGAUAUCAGAUGACCGAUUCCAAGACUCUGCCUUUAAGUGAUCCGUCGGCGGGUCUUUACCACUUGGUACCUUAUAUUAAGUCAAAAGAGUCCAAUAGAGAACAAAAUAACCGAUCUUACAUAUUCUUGUGUUUUUUGUUAUUCAAUUAAUCAAAAACAUGUGGUGGCCAUUUUAAAAUUCUGGACUCCGGAUUUGUGAGAGCCAACAGUACAAUUUCUACUUAAUUUAAUGUAAAUAAAGUUUCUCGGUUCUUAUUGUGUCCAUGCAGCGUAUAACUAUUCAGUUUAUUAUUGGUGUGCAGCGUGAAGCAUGUAUUCUUUUUUUCUUAUUAGAACUCUAUUUAUGUUGUGGUUUAUCGUUCCCGAUUGACCUCUUUUAAUUUUUUUACGGGAUUUUCAUUUUCAGUAAUUAAG